AUGUCGAUAUUAACAAACCACAAUGAUAAAACUGAUGAUAAUGAAGAGAAAGAAGAAGAAGAUGAUGAUGAUGAUGGUUAUGAAGAAUCGAAUGUUGUGCCAAUAAUUAUCGAAAAUCAUCAUGCUGAAACUUCACCACCACCAGUUCUUCGUUCAAUAUUACGGAAACAUAUUGUGAAAGAUGUACCAAUAAAUGUAUCUGACAAUGUUCAGCAAAUAUCAAUACCAAUAAAUGAGAACGAUAAUGACGAGAAAGAUUCCGAUUACACCGGAGACGAAGAAGAAGAAGAAGAAGAAGAAGAACAAGGAAAAACUAAUAAUGCUAAUACGCAGCAGCAGCAGAAAAGUCAAUCUUUCCAAACAGUACACGAUUCCUCAUUUGUUCUCUCGAGUCAACUCACAAAAUCGAAUAAGAAACAUAAUCUCUCGGCGACUUCUCAUCCGUCGGUGAAAUUUGCUGAAGAGGGUCCCGUCAUUAUUCAUUCAAAUUUCCAUCCAUCACCGAAAAUUGAACCACGUCAUUCGGUUACGUUUUUAAACAUGAAACAAGAUCUUCAAACAACAACAACUACAGAGACCACAUCUGAUUUUCGUCCGGUAUAUGUCUCUCCUUUGAAAUAUCGACCAUUACUUGGCUUGUCGGCUAACGAUAGCCGUUUAUUACUUGAAAAACGUGUUUCUCUUCUGGGAAAACCGUUGAUUUUCCAUUCAGCACAGAAACGCUCGGCCAAUUAUCGUCGUGCUCAGUUAAUUGUUUAUAAUUUCUUAGAACGAGCACAUGGUUACAAAGCUAUUAUUUAUCAUACGUUUGUGUAA